UGAACACCCCUGAACACCGCAAAGAAUUCAAAGGGGAAGAUGAACACAUGGUAUAUAUUUACGUUCCAAAAAUAACAGACAGAAGAAAAAUACUAUGUAGCUAGCAGCGAAAGAAGGAGACAAAGCUUAACCAUGACCAAUGAUUCCUAACGGAAACUUGACGAAGUUUUCCUCCAACACCUUAUAUACACAUAAUGUUCUGUUGUUUCCAACAUCAGUGUCAGUGAUGGAAUAUUAGAAACAGUUUCAGAACAACAACAACACCAUCUGAUUAAUCAAUUUCUAGUUCACUUUGCCCUCACACAAUCUCAGCAUGUCAACAAUGAAACUUGCUUUGAUUACCUUGCUUUUCAUCGCUGUUUCACCGACCUUUGCGUCCGGUGCUGAAGAAGAGAAGAAAGACCCAAAAGGCGUCGAUAGGGGACCCAAGGAAAUCACAUACGAUAGCAGGUCGCUCAUCAUCAAUGGAAAACGAGAGCUUCUCUUCUCCGGUUCCGUCCAUUACCCUCGAAGCCCCCCUGAGAUGUGGCCACACAUUAUUGACAAGGCAAGACGUGGAGGUAUAAACGUGAUUCAGACAUACAUCUUCUGGAACAUUCACGAGCCUGUGAAAGGCAAGUUCAAAGUGGAUCCCGAGUAUGAUUUCGUGAAGUUCAUUCAGCUAUGUCAAGACAAAGGAAUGUAUGUUACCCUCAGGAUUGGACCUUUCAUCCAAGCUGAAUGGAAUCACGGAGGACUUCCGUAUUGGCUAAGAGAGGUUCCUGGUAUCAUUUUCCGUUCAAACAAUGAUGGCUUUAAGACAUUAAUGCAAAACUAUGUAAAUACUGUCAUCAAAAUGUGUACAGACGCGAAGCUCUUCGGUCCCCAAGGAGGUCCCAUCAUCUUGGCACAGAUCGAGAAUGAGUACAACCAUAUCCAACGUGCUUAUAAAGAGGACGGAGAUAAGUACGUCCAAUGGGCUGCAAACUUGGCAGUUUCAACAAAUGUUGGAGUUCCAUGGAUCAUGUGCAAGCAAACUGAUGCUCCUGAUCCAGUGAUUAAUGCAUGCAACGGAAGGCACUGUGGUGAUACCUUUACAGGCCCCAACAAACCCUACAAGCCUUUCCUGUGGACUGAAAACUGGACUGCUCAGUAUAGGGUGUUUGGAGAUCCACCAUCACAAAGAUCAGCAGAAGACAUUGCCUUCUCAGUUGCCCGUUUCUUCUCUAAGAAUGGGUCUUUGGUGAACUACUAUAUGUACUAUGGUGGAACAAAUUUUGGAAGAACAAGCUCUGGCUUCAGUACAACCCGAUAUUACGAUGAAGCCCCUCUUGACGAGUUCGGUUUGCAGAGGGAACCAAAAUGGACUCACCUGAGAGACGUGCACAAGGCAUUGUCCCUAUGCAGGCAGGCCCUGUUCGGUGCUGAAUCGGUGAUCACAAAAAUUAACCAGCAUCAUGAGACUAUCGUUUUCGAGAAGAAGGAUAGUCACUUGUGCACUGCUUUCAUCACCAACAACCACACCAAAAAUGCAGCCACCAUAAGGUUCAGAGACACAGAUUAUUUUCUGCCACCACGUUCCAUUAGUAUCCUCCCCGAUUGCAAGACCGUGGUCUUCAACACCCAAAAUAUUGCUUCACAACAUAAUUCAAGGAACUUCAAGAAGGCAAAAGAUUCAAACAAUUUCAACUGGGAGGUGUUUACUGAGAGCAUUCCAGACGCCAAGGAUAUACCAGUUAGUUUAAAUGUUCCCAUUGAGCUUUAUAAGUUGGUUAAAGACACCACAGACUAUGCAUGGUACACCACAAGCGUGCAAUUGGGUCCGGAAGACUUGCCAACUAAGAAUGACAUAUCCACCGUUCUUCGUGUUUUGUGUCUUGGCCAUUCACUGCAUGCCUUUGUAAAUGGAGAAUAUAUUGGAUCAAAUCAUGGAACACAUGAAGAGAAAACUUUUGUAUUCCAGAAAACUGUAACCUUCAAGGUUGGAGUUAACAGCAUAGCUUUCUUGGGUAACAUCAUUGGACUCCCCGAUAGUGGUGCAUACAUGGAGCACAGGUAUGCAGGACCAAAGUCUAUAUUCAUCCUUGGUCUUAACUCUGGAAAAAUUGAUCUGACUCGUAAUGGUUGGGGCACUAAGGUUGGAAUCCAAGGAGAGGAGUAUGCCGUUUUCACUGAAGAGGGAUCAAAGAAAGUACAAUGGCAACCAGUCCAGGGAACUGGAAAGCUUCUCUCGUGGUACAAGACAACUUUCACAACACCAGAGGGAAAGGAUCCUGUUGCCAUAAGAAUGACUGGUAUGGGGAAGGGAAUUAUUUGGGUCAAUGGUAAAAGCAUCGGUCGUCAUUGGAUGAGUUUCCUCUCUCCCCUUGGAACCCCUACUCAGUCAGAGUACCACAUCCCAAGAACAUACUUGAAUCCAAAAGACAACCUCCUUGUGAUAUUUGAGGAAGAGCAAGCAAACCCAAAUCAGAUUGAGAUUGUAACUGUUGAAAGAGAUACAGUAUGCAGUAUCAUCACAGAGAAUCACCCUCCCAACGUAAAUUCCUGGGCAGCUAAGGCUGGCAAGUUCCAGGCUGUUGUGGAAAAACCGUGGCCAACAGCUACAGUCACAUGUCCAGUCUACAAAACCAUUAAGGCUGUGGAGUUUGCAAGCUUUGGUGAUCCUACAGGUUUCUGUGGAGAGUUUGUUAUGGGAAAAUGUGAUGCCCCUGCCACCAAGCAGAUUAUUGAACAGCAAUGCAUGGGAAAAAAUACAUGCUCGAUUCCACUUGAGGCGCAAACCUUCACCCAGGGCAAAGAUCCUUGCCCAGAUCUGUCCAAGACUCUUGCAAUCCAAGUGAAGUGUGCCUUCUAGAAAUCUGUUUCUAGGAGAGUUAGAGCUGAGUUUACGUUAGUUAUCUGAUCGCUGAAGUCCAGUUCAUAAACUCAGCUUUCAGUUUGUUUUCUUUUCUUUUCUUUUCUUUUCUUCUGUAGAAGGUCACAGGAUACCUCAAAUCAGGGUCCUGACUUCAUAAACAUCAUUUUUGUUUGUUCUGAUUACAUUGAAAAUGUAGAAAUAAAAUUAAUAUAAGU